ACUAUUUCACUUUGGAAAACCUGAUUACUUUGUUUUUUAUUACACCUUCUGCUAUUAGUUUGAUCAUUAUUUAGUACUAUCCAGGAUGGCUACCAACAGAUCAACAGCACGUUUGGUUAGGUUUGCCAUUUUUGCCUUAGGGUUGUUGGCUUGUGGUUAUAUUCUUUCUACCGGAUCUAGUUUUAGUACUGGACCUUCUACUGCUCAAACUGCUGCUAACGUAGAUAAAGCAGCAGGGAACGUUGAUAAAGCGGCUGUCCCAGCUAACGAAGCCUCAGUUCCUGCUGCUGCCAAACCAAAGACCAAUGAGAAUGUUGCAUCAAACGGUGAAAGAAUGAAGGCUACCUUUGUUACUUUAGCCCGUAAUUCUGAUUUGAAUAGUUUAUUGGGCUCAAUUAGACAAGUUGAGGAUCGUUUCAAUAGUAAGUUUCAUUACGACUGGGUUUUCCUCAACGACCAGCCAUUUUCCGAUGAAUUCAAAGCUGCCACUUCAGCCAUUGUUAGUGGUACCACCAAAUAUGGUUUAAUUCCUGAAGAACAGUGGUCAUUCCCUGAUUGGAUCGAUAAGGAAAAGGCUGCUUUGGCUCGUGAACAAAUGAAAGAACAAAAGGUUAUCUACGGUGAUUCAAUUCCUUAUAGACAUAUGUGUAGAUACGAAAGUGGAUUUUUCUGGAGACAUCCAUUGAUGGAUGAAUACGAAUAUUAUUGGAGAGUUGAACCAGAUAUUAAGAUCUAUUGUGAUAUUGAUUAUGAUAUUUUCAAAUGGAUGAAAGAUAAUAAUAAGAAAUACUCUUUCACCAUUACCUUACCGGAAUAUAAGGCCACCAUUCCAACGUUAUGGGAUACCACCAAACAAUUCAUUAAGGAAAAUCCUCAGUUCUUAAAUGAUAAUAACUUGAUGGAAUGGAUUAGUGAUGAUAAAGGUGAAACCUAUAACGGUUGUCAUUUCUGGUCGAAUUUCGAAAUUGCCAGUUUGGAUGUUUGGAGAAGUGAAGCUUAUAGAAAAUAUUUCGAUCACUUAGAUAAAGCCGGUGGGUUCUUCUAUGAAAGAUGGGGGGAUGCUCCAGUGCAUUCAAUUGCCGCUGCUCUUUUCUUACCUCGUGAUACCGUUCACUUUUUUAAUGAUGUUGGUUAUUACCAUGUUCCUUUCCAUAACUGUCCAGUGGAUCCAGAAGUUAGACUCGCUAAAAAAUGUGUCUGCAACCCACAAGAAGAUUUCUCCUGGAAAGGAUAUAGUUGUACUGCUAAAUUCCAUACUAUAAACAACGUACCAAGACUUAAAGGAUGGGAAAACUUUGCCGAUUAGAGAAGGCAGUUACUUAUCGACUGAUUAUUCUUUUGCAAUCGACUGGUUAUUCUUUUUUCUUUUUUUUUUUAAAAAAUAACUAUUUUGACGUUCUUUCCACUAGUUAUAGUGUGAAUAACCAUUGUUAUAUAUUAUUGGAGUAAUAGAUUUUGUAUUGG